AUGCUCGCUCUCGCCACUACCUCCCUCGUCACGCUUUCCUUCGCUGCAUCCGCCGCGGCGCUAUCCACAUCGGGCCGCAGAGUCGGGCACGCAGGCCGCAUCGCAGGUGGCGCCAUAGCAGGCAUCAUCAUCGGUUGCAUUGCAUUCGUGCUCCUUCUCUUGCUCUGCUGCUGCCUGUGCAUUCGCAGUCGCCGCUCGUCCAGGGCAGGUGGAGCUGCCCCAAGUAGAUACGGAGGCUUCAGCUCCUUCGGCAGAUCCGGAAGGAACGCCGCCGGCAACGGCAUGGGCAACGGCGCGGUCGGUCCUGGCGCGCAGGAGGCGGGCUAUGGUACUGGACCAGUUGUUGGCCAGCAGGGCAACUAUAAUGACAAAACCCAGCCGGCAUAUGGAGGCCAAUACCAGCCGCCAAUGGGUGCGCCCCCCAGCGCCCCGCACCCAGGCGGAUUCGCUGCGGUCUCCCGAGGUGCUGUUCACUUGUAUAUGUGUUAUGAGCGGUACGAGUUCGUAUGA